ACCCCUUACCCACCCCUGCCCCUUUCUCUCUCUCUCUCUCUCUCUCACUGGGCAAACCCAAACCCUAACGGCGGUAGGAACCCAGCCCCAUCCAUCGCCGAGCUCUUCUCUUCGGAUAGACGGUGUUGUCGCCGCCGGUAGAGACAGACUUAGGUGCUGUCUUCGCUCGUGGAAGGUCUGCUCGCUUCUCGAUCCUCUCCUCCUCGACGUCGAGUGCUUGCUCGGAACUGUUGGCGACGCCGCCGCGAAGGGCUUCUCCAUUGUCGUCUCUCCUCGAUUUGUUGGUUCCCAUCUCUCUCUAUUCGAGGCUCCGAGCUCUCUCUGUCUCUCUUUCUCACUGCGACUUGUCUCUCCGUCACCUUCUUUCCUCCCUCGCCGCCGGAGAAUGAGAAGGAGAACAUCACAAGCAAUUGUAUUCAACAAAUCUGAUAUUGCUAUUCACAAUUCACCAAAAUAACUGCGGUAUUGCGAUUCUGUUGUUGGGAGUUGAUCCGAAAAAUGGAAGUUUUGCUGCCAAAACUUCCAUCUUUCAAGUUCUCAAGCCCCAUUUGUUGCUGUUCAAUAAGCACUAGGAGCUCUUCGUAUGUGAAAUUCGGAUUCCGUCGAUUUUCUUCUCUAUCUGUUUGUGCAUCAACCGUUAAUGAAGCUGUAGCUGAACCAUCCCUUGGUUCCCCUUCUUUGGGGCACACCACAAGACCCCAUUUUCCUAUACUUCACCAGGAAGUAAAUGGCUCAAAACUUGUUUACUUAGACAAUGCAGCAACUUCUCAGAAGCCUACCGUUGUUUUGAAGACACUGCAAAGCUACUACGAAGCAUACAAUUCGAAUGUACAUCGGGGCAUACAUUUCUUGAGUGCAAAGGCCACGGAUCAGUAUGAAGCAGCUAGAAGGAAGGUUGCAAGUUUUAUAAAUGCUUCUGACUCCAGUGAAAUUGUAUUUACGAGAAAUGCUACUGAAGCUAUCAAUCUAGUGGCUUAUUCUUGGGGCUUGUCAAAUUUAAAAAGAGAUGAUGAGAUUAUACUUACGGUUGCUGAACAUCACAGUGCGAUUGUUCCUUGGCAACUACUUGCUCAAAAAGUUGGGGCUGUUUUGAAAUUUGUGAAUUUAAACCAAUAUGAAAUUCCAGAUAUGGACAAAUUGAAAGAACUGCUGUCAAGGAAGACCAAGUUAGUUGUUGUCCAUCAUGUUUCAAAUGUGCUUGCAUCGGUACUUCCUGUUAGAGAUAUUGCUUACUGGGCUCAUGAUGUUGGAGCAAAAGUGCUUGUGGAUGCCUGUCAGAGUGUUCCACACAUGACAGUUGAUGUUCACAGCCUCAAUGUUGAUUUUCUUGUUGCUUCUUCUCACAAGAUGUGUGGGCCUACAGGUGUUGGAUUCUUAUAUGGUAAAAUAGACCUCUUGUCGUCCAUGCCUCCCUUUUUAGGUGGUGGUGAAAUGAUUUCAGAUGUAUUUCUUGAUCACUCAACUUAUGCUGAACCUCCAUCCAGAUUUGAAGCCGGAACACCAGCAAUUGGGGAAGCAAUUGGUUUAGGAGCAGCAAUUGAUUACUUAUCUGGGAUUGGUAUGCAAACCAUACAUGAUUAUGAGGUGGAGCUGGGAAGAUAUCUUUAUGAAAGGCUCCUUUCAAUCCCAAAUAUUCGCAUCUAUGGGCCGGCACCUUCAGAAAAAAUUAAACGAGCUGCACUUUGCUCUUUCAAUGUUGAAAAUAUUCACGCUACCGAUCUUGCAACAUUUCUUGAUCAACAGCAUGGAGUGGCUAUCAGAUCGGGUCACCAUUGUGCCCAACCCCUCCAUCGGUAUUUGGGAGUCAAUGCAAGUGCACGUGUAAGUCUCUAUUUCUAUAACACUAAGGAGGAUGUUGACAAUUUCAUCCAGGCCCUCAAUGACACAGUCAACUUCUUCAAUUCAUUCAAGUAAUCAGAAGGUAGGGACGUGCUAUCAAUUUUUCUUUUUGUAUGUCAUCUCACUGUUAGGUCAAUUGGUAGGGACGUGCUAUCUCAAUGUUCUUGAAUUAAAUUCCUUCUAAUGAUCUUAGUGGUGGAGGCGUUUUGUAAAUUUUGGGUUUCAUUGUCUAAAUUGUGGAACACCACCACAUCAACCUCCUAAACUUAUAUGUAUAAUAAAAUUGAUGCUGAAUUUCUGUAUCGAAACAAAAGAAUGAUGCUUAGGCAUUGUUUUAUACCAAGUCAAUAUUUAAAAUCAGUUGUAGCUUA